AUGGGUCGAGGAGAGUUCUAUCGCAACAAAUAUGGCCGAGGUGGACGUGGACGUGGCCGGAGUCCACGCGGACAUGGCCCACGAGAAGGUGAAGGCUAUGAAAGAUCCCACAUUGACCAUCGUAAUGACCGUAUACAGCCACCAUUGACCGCGGCGUCGUGGCAACAAUUGGGCGACAUGCUCCGUGAGCUGCACAAUCGGAACUACGGCGCGUACCACGAGUUAGAGCGCUAUUUCUUCGAGUUUCACCGCAGUUCCAACGGCCUCUCCUUCACACUCGAAUUCGACCACGUUCAAGGUGACCCAUACGCCAGUCCGUCGCGUGCUCACGUGACGGUUUCCACUGUAUCGGCUGCUUUUCCAGUUGAAAUGCACCGUGACAAGACCCGCAAUGUGGCUCUAUGUGACUACUUGACUCGAGUCUUUGCAGUCAAUGCCCGUGAUUGUGGAGCUGAUGCAAAGACUGUCAGUAACUCGUGGCAAGGAGCGAAAGGCGGAGAUAUCGCCAUUGACGCUCCCGGUCAACAUGUCAUUGAACGCACUAGUGUUAACGUGCUGCCAAAUGGAGACGUCGAGGCUCGUUUCAAUAUUAACUUGCCCGCUCGUGGGCGUAGCAUUUGUGGUGACUGGGCGUACACGAUUUUGGUCGAGACCUUGCCACAAUUAGUCGAGCAGUCGUUAGUGUUUCAACGUCAGAAUGAGAAUCACUUGUGGAAGCACGUGCGGUCAGUGGAAGACCAGGAGAUGCUGAGAGGGAUGCUGAAAGAUGCUGGGCUUGUCGGGUUUGUUGUUGACGGAGCCGUGCUGCCGCGACAGUCUGGAGCGUCCGAUCUUCCGCUGAGUGGUGACAAAUGCGUUUUGUUCAAGUCACCCGAGUCGUUGAGACGGUCGUUUACGCUGCCAAACUGUGGACUUGUUACGGGUAUGGGUAUCCCUCAGGGAGUCACUGUGUUUGUUGGUGGUGGGUUUCAUGGCAAAAGCACAGUGUUGAAGGCGCUGGAAGUGGGUGUGUACAACCACGUUCCGUCGGAUGGACGGGAAUUUGUUGUUAUGGAUCCACACGCAGCGAAGAUUCGUUCAGAAGACUCUCGUAGUGUCGUGUGCACCGACAUUAGUGCUUUUAUCGACAAUUUGCCUUUCAAGCAAGACACGACCCGAUUUUCCACGGCUGAUGCUUCAGGCAGCACUUCUCAGGCAGCUAAUAUAGUCGAGGCUCUAGAAGUUGGAGCCACCACGCUGCUAAUUGACGAGGAUACAUGUGCGACCAACUUUAUGAUUCGCGACUGGAAGAUGCAACAAUUGGUAGCCAAAAACAAAGAACCCAUUACGCCUUUCAUUUCAAAGGUGCGCCCGCUGUUCACACAACAUGGAGUGUCAUCGGUUCUUGUCAUUGGAGGUGCAGGCGACUACUUUUCUGUCGCCGAUCAUGUGAUCAUGAUGGACUCUUACGAACCGCGGGACGUCACAGCCGAGGCUAAAAAGAUAGCGAGCGAACACUGUGAGAUACAACAGGACAUCGAGUUUGGUCGGGUCACACAUCGCAUUCCACUGAAAUGCGGGUUCGAGGUUAACGGCAAGGUCGUUUCGCGCGGCCUGGACAAGAUCCAGUAUGGCGAGGUGGAUUUGGACCUGAGCGCCGUUGAGCAAAUCGUGGAACCCAGUCAAGUUCGCACCAUUGCUGACGCUAUUCAGAAAGCUCGCUCCUUUAUGGACGGAAAGCGUAAUCUUGAGGAAGUGUUGGACAUGCUUGAAAGCGAAAUUGAUCGUACGGGUUCACUUGAUGCAGUAGGUUUUCACAAAAAGUCUGGGUUCUACACUCGACCGCGAAAGCUUGAGUUGGCUGCUGCUAUCAACCGUCUGAGGACCGCAAAGAUGACGCAAUAA